CACCGCUUAUUCCUCGCGCGCGUGGAGGAGAACGAGUGAGCCUUGGUAGUAGUGGGCGCAUUCCUCGCGCUGGAAUUCCGCGUUCAGUCGUCCGUGUGUUAGGUGUAUCUGUAUACACACGCGAGCGCGGUCCGUGUGGAAAGAAAGAGAGACGAGCAGCUCGCGUAAGCGUCUUUAGCGCGCAGUGAACGCUUACCGGCUAACGCGCGCGGUUUUCUUUUCUGCGUUCUCGCGCACCCGCGAAAAAGACAGUUUAAGUGUUGAGCACUCGUUGUAUUCAUACGAGCGUACGCAGCGCUUGCUGCAGCUUGUGUUUACCUUUCAGGUGCUUUCUCAGAUGCGCAGUGACCUUUGGAUAGCUUCCUCACAAGACAGAGCCUGUCCAAAAUAAGAGGUCGUGCUACCCAUUUUUUAUUUUAGCCAUUCGGCUGAUGAAAAGCUGAAAGCUUCUUGGAUUGUUUUGACUAUGCCUUGUGGUUUAUAGUAUUCCAUCGAGAGGGCGCGUUGGGCAUUAAAACAGCACUGCUCGUAACAGCCGAUCCAAAUUUGAGGCCGUGAUCAUUGAAAGAUGGACGUCGAGACCGGGGCCAUCCUGGCCCUGCAGAUCCUUGCCCUGUGCUCCAUCGUCGCCGCGCUACUGGCCUAUCUGAUGCGGCAAUCACGAAAUGCCAACGAGGAAUUUGAGAUGCGCAGCAAGCGCCACGUGCUGGUUACCAGUUGUGACACCUGCAUCGGCCUCCAACUAGCUCUUGCUUUGUCUGAGGCUGGCUAUAAGGUAUUCGCUGGAUUACUGGAACCAAGCGGCAACUCGCACGCGACGAAAAUCCUCCAUGCGGUAGAGCAGCAGCGAGUUCGCGCGAAAGAUCCGGCAAGCGUUGAAGAAUCCAUGCCAGCGUCAUCGGAAACUCGUGCUGCGGGACAAAUAGUGCCAGUGGAGCUGGAUUCGACGCGCGAAGAUAGUCUACGAGCUUGUCUCGAUGCGGUUAGAGCAAAGCUGCCAGCCGGAGAAGACGGAUUAUGGGCAGUGGUGCACACCAGCGGAUUGGCUUUGCCAGGAGUUAUCGAGAGGCAGGCGAGCUCGGCUUGGGAAUCCAUGCUCCGUCACAAUUUAGUUGCGCCUUUGCGCGCCGCCCGCGUGUUCAUUCCGCUGCUGCGUGCGAAGAGAGGUCGCAUUAUUUUGCUGGGCGAUUCGGACUCGAGCUUCAGCUCGAAGGCAGGUACUGGUCUGGUGGCAUUCAGUGCUUCGCGUAAGGCCGUCGAGGGUGCAGCCGAAGCGCUGCGGGGUGAACUGCACUCGUCCGGCGUCGACGUGGUCUUGCUCAAGCCACCGCCAGUGAAUCCCCUUGCUUUAUAUGCAGCUCCGCAGCUUAAAACAUCCGACGUAGAGUCGGCAGCUCAAUCGGCUGAAGGUACUUGGAUAGCACCAUUAUCAGCGCACGCGGUAAAGUCUUCUCUCAUUCCAGCCCUUACGUCCACCUGUCCAUACAAAUCUUAUAAUAUGGAUAAAAAGGCGCGCAUCUUCUGCCGAUAAACGUACUGUAUUAAGGGCUAAGCUCCUUUUUACUAUGUGUCAUUGAAAAAGUGAACGUGUAUUAAAUAACUCUUUGUAACAUAUGUAAUUAUUUGUAGUAUAACAUUUUUAUUAAAUAAUACGUCUUAUAGUAUGGUGUAAGUUUUGUAUCAAUGUUAAAAUAUAUAAUAACCAUGGUUGUUUUCGUUUA